AUGCUAUCGGACGAGGCAAUCAUCUUCCACUGUGUUUCCCUUCAUUCGAAUGUAGAUGAUAAUGCAGGAGAAGCUGAGCGGGCUGUCGGUCUCACCGGUUGUCUUGGUAAUGACGGAGAUAGCGAAGAUUACAAGAAUGAGGAUAAGGAUGAGGAUGAGGACGAGGAUAAGAAUGAGGAUGAGGAUGAGGACGAGAAUGAAGAUGAUGACGAUGGUGAUGAUGGAGACGGAGGUGGUGGUGAUGGUGGCUUGAGUUCGGAAACGCGCCCAAGGCCUAUAAACGUUUUUGUCAGAAAAACUGGUUCAGUUCGCCUUCAAAUGUUGUAA